GUGUGCUUUUCAGUGGCAAGAAUACCAAAUAGAAAGACAACACAUCAUUGACUUGAUGAAUGAGACUGAAAAGAAAUUAUCUGAAUUUUCUGUAGCUAAAACUUUUUCUCAACUGGAAGCAGAGGAAAAAUUAAUAUCACAUAAGUCUCUGGUCUCUACAGUAAACUCUUUUCAUGAGACAAUCACUUCACUGGAGGAAAAGGCAUCCCUCCUGGAGAAAACAGGCAACAUAGCCAGUAAGGGAACCAUAAGUCGGUCUAUGACAACUGUCUGGCAGCGGUGGACCAGACUCAGAAGCAUUGCCCAAGAGCAAGAAAGGAUUUUGGAAGAAUCAGUGCAGAAAUGGAAUGUAUUUAAUGAUAAGAUGCAAAAAGCAACAGAGACUCUUGAUCAGCUGCAUGAACGCUUACCAGAAGGCUCAGUCGAAAAAGCUUCAAAGAAUGAACUUCUGGAUCUUCUAGAUUAUCACA